UCCACCCGCCUCAACGUCGUACACGUCGUCGGGUAUCGCUUGGCUUGGCUCGCGUGUGCUUCGUCGGUUGCGCGCAAAACCUAUCGAGUCGCCCGUCGCUUAACCUCGAAUCCGUCAUCGCGAGGGAAGAGUGCUAACAUCCGCAGCAUUUCACAGCAUGUGACAGCUUACUGGGACUUACGUAGCACCAUAUGCUCCAGGCGAUAACAACAAGCUCAGAACAUGGAAUUGCUGGUACCAACGGUUUCCGACAUCAUAUUCAAAUAUACUUGGACGAUAGCGAAUUACAAAAAAGCAAUCUCGAAAAAGCACAAUUUCGACAGCCCGAGCUUCGAUCUAAAUGUCAAUGGCAUACACAGCACUUGGAAUCUAUCUAUUAGAUUUUGGAAAGGCCCUGAAGGAAAAAGGAUUAGGAAUCCAGUAGUGCUGUGUUUGAAUAUACAAAAUUGCACGGUUGAGGAAGUUGAACAAGCCAAAGUUCGCUUUCAAUUUGCAGUUUUUAAUGCUGAGGUUAAUUAUUGGGAAUACUGUCAUGUAAGCAGAACUAUUUUAGAGCUCCGUUCGAGUUCCGAUAUAAUUUCCCUGGGCUACCGAGAUUUAUGUAUCGUAGAUAGACAUUUAAAAAAAAAUGGCGAGCUAAGCGUCAUGGUGAAGAUUCAGAUCAUCCAGUGCGAUAGUGAAAAACAUACCCUCUCACAGGAUAUGGCAAGAUUAUUAAAACAUCCUCAAUCUGCGGAUACGAAACUAAUAGUAGCAGAUGAAAAUUUAGAAAUCCAGGUACACAAAUGUGUCAUUGCAGCGCGAAGCGAUGUACUUGCUAAUAUGAUAACACCGCUCGAAGGAAACGAAUUGGAAGAAAAGGACGUACUUUUAGAUGAUUUAAAAAAAAAAUCGUUGAUAGACGAGUGUAAUUCUUCCGACAUUAAACACAAAUUAGAAUUACGAGACUUAUCGAAAGAUGUGAUCGAAGAGUUGUUACGUUAUAUGUAUACAGACCAUGUCGAUAAUUUGGAUACUUUGGCUUCUGAACUACUUUCACUUUCUUUGCGAUUUCGAUUACAAGGAAUGAAAGAACUUUGUGAAAGAAGUUUAACAGAAACUAUAACACCUGAAAAUGUAGCUACUCGACUCUUGUUAGCAGAUGAAUAUGGUUGCGAUAUUUUAAGAAGGGCUAGUCUUGCUUAUUGCGAGGAAAAUGCAAUGAAUAUUACUAAGAAUUUUGCAUGGAAAAUGAUGGAACAAGUUAAUCCAGAAUUGUUUAAUGAAGUCUGUGAAGCUGGAAUGGGAAGCUCAAAAUCAAGUAAUAUAGAUAGCGAAUGAAGUAGUGGAUUGUAAACAAAUAUUUUAUACCAAAUAUUAGAAUAUCGAAAUUGUAUGAAUUCGGGAAGUCGUAAAAAUAAAUCAAUAGAUUACAGGUUAAAGAAGUAACUAAAACUACUUUUAUUAAUUAAAAAAUAUUAAUUGAAAUACUAAAGUACUCACUAAUGUUUCGCAUCAAUCAAGAAGGCAUUCAAUAGCUUGAAUUUUACGACUUAAAAAAGCUGAAUAUAUAUUUGCAAGGUCAUUCUGACUCAUUUCCUCUUGAUUUCCAAAAUCAAAGAAGAAGACACGAUAUGUCCCAUAGCCGAGCAAACAACAAUUUCUGCACGAUACCACUGAUUUUUCAAAUAAUAAUUAGCUGCUAACAUUUAUCCUACA